CAUCUCUCAAAUGAGAACCAGAGGUGCACACUUCAAUAGCGGAAGACAGAUGAGCGCUGGCGGAGCAGGGACGAGGCUCCCCACUCUUCACUUCACUUUUUUGGUUUAGUUUUUGAAAAAAACUUUGUCCAGGAGAAAAGAUCUGGAUCACUAAACAAUGGCAUUCACAAAAGCCAUCUCUUUUCUGCUUCUCCUAUGCAAUCUCUCAGUGGCACUCACGGAGAGCACAGUGUCCUGCUACAGAAUUGAGCCUGGGACAAUAGCUGGUAUGGUCUCCAUCGAUGUUCUGCUGACCCUCAUCAUUGUAGCUGUCACCUACCGCUGUGCCAGUUUUAGACAUAAGAAGGUAGAAAAUGCUAACAAGGUGUACAUGAACGUCCGGGCGAACUGCAAGAAAAAAUAAAAAUGGGCUAAACUGUUUUUGGUUUUUAUAAUUGCUUAUUUCAGUUUUGUUUUUUGUUCUUUUUAUGAAACAAAUUUGUGCAUGAGGUUAGUUGUGAUUUAGGAUAUUUUUUAGAAAAUGUCUGCCCAAAUACUUUACUUAUACUCUUUCAAUAAGAGAUUUGAAAAAUUAAAGAAAAAACACAUUUUAUAUAUUGUGUGUUUACCUUUAUUACUGUUUAUAAAAAAAUCCCAUGUCUUUUGUUGAAAUGUAUCAUUUUUGAAGUCCUUACAAAAAUAAAUUUUGUGUGUGUAUCUUC